AUGAAGAUCCCCCUCCUCGCGCUGCUAAGCGCCUCCCUCGCACAAUGCCACGUCCAAACCGGCCUAGAUGUCCUCAUCUCCUCCCAAUACAGCCAACUCUCCAACCGCAAGGUCCUCGUGCUGAGCAACCCAACCGGAAUAACGCCCCAGCUCGACCUCGGCGUAGACGUCAUGUUUGCAUCCAAAAAGGUAAAUCUCGUGGGUGUGAUGGGCCCGGAGCACGGCUUCAGAGGGACGUCGCAGAACGGAGGGGGCGAGUCGACGUUUGUGGAUGAAAAGACUGGUCUGACGGUGUAUGAUGCGUAUAACGUGAAUACGAGUACAUUGAUGGGAUAUAUUAAGGAUUCGGGGGCAGAUACAAUCCUCUAUGAUAUUCAAGACGUGGGCGCUAGAUUCUACACAUGUAUGUUUUCCCUCUUCUUCUCAAGGAUGAACGUUAAUGGUGUAGAUAUCUGGGCUUUAUACGACACAAUGGUCGCCGCUGCGGCUACAAAUACUACCGUCAUGGUAAUUGACCGGCCUAAUCCCAUCACCGGCCUCAAUGCCUUUGGUCCCGUCCUCAACGACAGUUACAUCACAUCGUAUGUAGGUCGUCGACCCAUCGCCCAAGUCCACGGCAUGACAGUCGGCGAACUAGCAAAGAUGUACGUCGGCGAGGGCUGGAUCGCAGACGCCUCAAACGGAUCACACCUCACACUCGACGUCAUCAAGAUGAAGGGCUGGAAGCGAUCCAUGCGCUUUGAAGACACAAAGCUCCCCUGGGUGCUCCCCUCGCCAAACAUGCCGACUGUCGAUACGGCGAUGCUCUACGGCGGAAGCUGCAUGUUCGAAGGGACGAGUCUGUCCGAGGGACGCGGCACAGUCCGUCCAUUUGAGCUGCUCGGUGCGCCGUGGGCGAAUGAGUCCUGGGCAGAUGCGAUGAGGGCGCAGAGGGUGCGGAAUACGAAUUACAGGUUUCAGUGCUUUACGCCCACGACGUCCAAGUUUCAGGGGCAGACGGCGUGCGGUCUGCAGACGUAUAUGGACUUGGAUGGCGCGAGGGACUAUGAGGAGUUUGAUGCGCCGUUUGUGGGUGUCAAUUUGUUGUAUACGGCGAGAAAGCUGUUCGCGGAGGGGAGUACAUCUGGUGAGAAGCCAACGAAUACGUCCUUCCACUGGUUGUACAGCGGGACGUCGAAGACGUAUGACGUUGAUGUUUUGACGGGGUCGCCGCUUGUGAGGGAGAGUAUUGAGAAGGGCAUGACACCGGAUGAGAUACGGAGGGCUUGGACACCGCGGUUGCAGAAGUUUAGGGAGAUUCGGAAAAAGUAUCUACUUUAUUAG